UGUCACGGCAACGUUGUGUGUGAGUGGAGCGCAUGUCAAAUGAGUGCUAAGGUAAUUCAUGGUACUUGAGCUGUUUACAUGCUCCAGACUUUAGCAAACUAGUCAGUCGGCUUAUGUAGGAUAACAAUGUAACGUUAGGUUGACCUGUUUUCACUGGAAUACAACGGUAAGAGAAUAAAACAGUUAGCUAAUGGUGCUAGCUAGUUAGUUAGCUAGCUAGUUAACAGUGAGUUUGUGCGGAAACAAUUCAUCGCCUGCUUGCUAGCAGAUUAGGCUAGAAUGGUUCGUUAGCUAGCUGAAUGAACCAAAGCAAUGUCAAGUCAUAACCUUCCACCGGUGCGGCAUUUGCCACAAUGGACUCGGGUUGGGCGCCUCGGGAAGCUCUGCUCCCCUCGGCGUUUACCGGUGAACCAUCUGCAGCCGCUGCCUGUCGCCCCGCCAGCGGACACAGGAGUGUGGAGAGCAGCAGAGGCGUCCUUUCACAGCGACAUGGACCCCCGCGUCGCAUCACUGCAGAGGAAUAUCCAGUUCCUUCAGCAACAACACAAGGAAACUCUUGAGAAGCUCCAUGCAGAGAUAGAGUCUCUCAGGCGGGAUAAUAAAGAGUUGCAGUAUAAGCUGAUAAUGGAGCCUCCCAAGUCAAGUAGAAAAGGAAUGACACACAGUAGACGAGGCAUCAGACCACCCACUCAGGGGAGUGAAGCCCGUACAGGACUCUACCUGGAGGAGCCACUACAGGACACGCGGCCCGCACAGGACCAAGCAAUAAGCAGUGAAGAGGACAGCGACAUUCUGGGAUCUGCCAGACAGGACCAUGGCCCAGAGGGGAAGGGGGGCCUCAUCACCUCAUUACAGCCUCUACGAAUUCACAGCAAUCCCGCCCAUCCACCGCGUGCCCCCACACUACAGGAGUGUGAGGUCAUCAUCCGGCAGCUCUACAAUGCUAACAGUUUACAGUCUCAAGAAAUUAUACGUGUUAAGGCAUUGCUGAGAGAUAUUGUUUUAAGCAAGAAAAUCACCCCAGAAAACUACAUUCUGACCAAGGCCUACCUUGUUGAUGGCACCCGCAAAUCUUCAGAAGAAAAGAAAUUUCCAAAACUUGGUCUUCAAACAUUUCCAGAAAGAAUGUCUGGACCCUCUCAGUCUGGAGUGGUCCUCCCAGCCCUCAAACAGAGCCUCAGCUCCACCAUUGCAGAGAGACAGAGGAGGACCCGUGCUGUGCAGAGAGACCGUUUCAAAAGGACGGUGCAUUGACAGAAUCAAAACUACCACACAGCUUUUCACAAUUUUUCGUAUGGAUAUCCAUAUAAAAUAAUGAUGUCCUAUGAUUUGA